ACACUGCAUAACGUGAGCGAAAAAAAAAAAACAAUACAAAGUGUGUACAAGGCGGUAAAAAAAGUGUUUGAACCUGUGUUUUCGUGUCAUAAUUUAUAAUAUUAACAACAACGAUAAGAAGCUUGCAAUAGUCGAAAAUGUGCGCGAAGCAAAAAUGCAAUUGCUUAAAUACAAAGGACGAUUUAAUGCGCGUCUUAUAAUUUGGAAAAAAAAUACGAAUUUAUCAAAUGCCCACGAUGAUGAUUUUGAUACGCAUCCGUGUUUAUAGAAAUAGUUAUAGCAAGAAUUGUGUGUGCAUGUGCUAAAUGCAAAAUUUGUGCAACACUUUGCCAAUUAAAUCUACGACGGGUACGAUUGCCGUGUGAUGAUAUGCCACUUAAACAGCAUCUUGAACCGUCUGUGCGGAUAUCGGUGUCGCUCCCCUGGGAUGCAGCACUACGACUGCGUCAACUGGCCGUCGAGGGCAAUCCCACCUUGCGUGCGCUCGGGAUUCUUUCCGUGCAGCCUGAAGGCGAUUCUGUGAUACCUUUAAAAGUUGGGGGACAAGAUAUUAAAAAAACAAAAGAUAAUUUAAACGAUGGCGCAGGCGGUGCACUUGAGGCGGCUGGCACGUCUUCCAACAAAGCCGCUCACGUCGUUGGCGUUGCCAACUUGGCGACAACGCAUUUGGUGGCACCAAGUUUUGAUGGUCCCAGUACAAGCAAAGCGGCAUAUGUGCAACAACAGCAGCAACAUCAACGACUCACGCAACUGCCGCAGAACGAUGCAAUCUCAAGCCAGCAACAAUUGCAGCAGCAACGGCGAAAUGUACUACCGCAGCAGAAAUUAAUGCAGCAGUCGCUGCCGCCGCCGCAGACACCGCCCUCGCCGUACAGUAAUGCAUCUACGACGCCGCCUGUUUUUAAAUCACCCAACACGGUUUGUCCAAUGGAAGGCAAGGUGCCACUGCUGCCUUCUCCUGCAGGUACACUUAAUGUGCCAAGAGAUUUUCCAUUCGAAAGUAUGCGACAGGCACGCGUCCUGCAGGGCAGGGAUACAGCUGCAACUACAGGUGGCAUGAACGCUCUUGGUCCACCGCCUCCACCUCCAAUAGCUACUCUUAAUCUGUUGAAUAAUCAAACAGCCCAGAAUGGCGAGGUUAUUGCGACGACAAUUGUGGCGGGAACCCCCAAUAAAUCUCAGUUCAUAAAUCCGCCUCCGCCAUACCCCGGUCUUGGUCCUAGUACAUGCACGAGCUCAAGUUUGACUGCCCCUAAUAGUAGCAAUUCAGCAGUUUCUGCAACAAGUACGAAGCCCGCGCAGACUUAUAAUAUGCCAAUGUCGUCGUCAACAUCUGCAACACCGGCGCCUACAACAACAUCGACAGGCAGUAAUAACAUUGCAAUAUCAUCACCACUCUUGGUCAAUCUGCUGCAAAAUGACGGCAAUGCGAUGUCAAGUCAAAUGAAAUCGCCCCAGCUAACGGCGCCAACAACACCACAGUCACCCAUUGUGAGCAUGAGUCCGAGUGCUCAAAUGAUGAACUCUAGCUCACCAAUGCGUUGCUCUUCGGCCACGCCCAGUGAUUUUGUCAUGGGAACAACAGGUGCGCCGCACGACAAUGGCAAUGUGCCUAGUCCGGUAGUGCCCUCCUCUCCAACAGGUGGCGGGCCCGUAAUAAUGCGAAACAUGCCGAGUCACCAACAACAGCAACAGCAACAGCAACAGAUGCUGCUCAGUCCCAGUGGUAACGCGAAUCUAUAUAACCAAGUGCCCGCGCCACAUCGAUUUCAGCAUGCGGUUGCAAUGCGUCAUCAGCAGCAACAGGUGCAUCAACAGCAGCGCCAUCAUCAAAUGCAAGGCAUACAUCCGCGUUUUAUACCACCCCAGCAACAGCAGCAGCAGUUUCUUGGGCAGCAACAGGCUACUGAUUGCUUCUCUAACCUAAACCUGCAACAGUCGCAGCAACAAUUGAGGCAGCAGCAAAUCCGAGCCGGUCUACCACCACCACAUCCGCAGCAACAUCAGCGACUUAUGAGCAUGCCAUUGUCUUCGCCUCAGGCGCAGCAGUUUAUGUCACAUGGUGGUGCUUCGCCCAUUGCCCAUUCACCUGCCUCCAGUCAUCAUUCGAUGCACAGUCCGCUGAUGGGUAAUCAUCAGGCUCCACCUCCAUCACUACUUUCACCUUCAACGACGCCCAAAAGCCCACAUUCGCAGCAGCUGACACAGCUUCAGCAAAAGCAAAAAGAGAUGACGCCCAUCUCAAAUAUGCAACAUGCUAACCUUGUACCUGUAGCUGGCGCGGGCAAUGCUCAGCUGCCACCACCUCCUGACUACAAUCAGGCGGCGGCAAAUUCGCGCUGGCCCGCGCUUAACAAACCGAUGGAUUCGGUUACUAAAAGCAGUUUCCAGGAGUUCACUCGCUAUCAGAUGCAAUACAAUCUGCAGCAACAGCAAAUUAAUUUAGGCAACGGUCCAGCACAGACUACGGCGGCACCUAAUGCAGGAGAUAUGGUUCCACAGGGAACUGUAACACUGACGGGAACCGGACAACGGCAGCAGCAACAGCAGUUACCGAUGCCACCGCAACUACAACAAUUAGUGCCACAGCAAGCGCAGAAUGUGACAAAUGUUUCAAACGUUGGUCACGGCCUAAAUGAUCCAUUAAUAUCGUUGUCGGAUCUGGAUGCCUUAACAACCAACGACUUGGACGCUUUACUGCCAACUCUAAACUGUGAUCUAGACUCAACGCUGAGCCUUGAGGAUAAGAACGAACUCGAAUCGUUGCUUCAGGAUGCCAAGGACCUAGACUUGGACUUGAUCGAGGAUAAUUUGUCUGCGGUCGGUAUGGAUGUUGGAGAUGCGCUAAGCACGCUUCAGGAUGCGUCGGGAUGCAUAGAACAACCACAGCCCCAGCAACAACAGCAGCAGCAGCAGCAACAAACUCAAAUGCUGGACAUGCAGUCGUUCAACCAGCAGCAAUUACUGCAGCAACAGCAACAUCAACAUCAGCAGAGACAUCAACAACAAUUUAAUCAGUUGCAACAACAACAACAACAGCGACAACAGUUGCAUCGGCAAAUUCAGCAUCAACAAGUGGCACAUCGCACCCAACAACAGCAUCAACUCCAAAUGCAACAGCAGCAGCAAGCAGAAAAUACAAGUGCACAAGCUGCUGCCCAAAAGAAACUGGCGCAAAUGCACCAACAGCAGCAACAACGUCCAGGAAAUAUGCAGCAAAAACAAUUCAUCAUAAACCCUCACACCGGUGACAUGGAGCCUAUGGCUAGUGACGAUAGUGAUACGGAGGCCGAGCAGGAAACAACGCAACUUCAAUUUUGCAGCAUGUCAAGUAGCCUGAGUGGUUAUGCGGGCUUUAAUCCUGCCAAUGAUAUGAUGCUACCGAACAACCUAUUUUCUGAGGAAGACUCAAAUUCUGCAAUGUCCGGUCAACAGCUUCCGUUAGCGGGCAGCAGCGAUCAGGAGAGAUCUCGUGAUUCGCUGGCCUCUAACAAAUCCACAUCGAAUCGAUCGAGAAAAAUGCCGCAGCUUAAGCUGAACCAUAACAACCAGAACCAGCAACAUCAGCAGCAGCAUCAACCUGUUAACCAGAAGCAGCAAAUAAUGACUAACUGCCAACCAGUGCAAAUACAACAGGUGCAAAUGCAGUCCACCACGCCAACCGGUGACUCUCCUCGAUCGGGCAACAGCUCUCCGUUGAUUGCCACCGUCGGAACUACGACAGGCAAUAGUAAGAAAGCUAAGCCAAAUCUUCUUCGGGAAAAGUUGCAACAGGGGGUGAAGGAACGGAAAGCCAAAGACGCAACAACUGGUACUCCAAAGCCGAAACGAGAACGUGCUAAGGGGAAUGCUAGGGCCAAGGCAGCAGCAGCAGCUGCAGCAGUGACGGUGUCUACUGCAGCUAUUGAAGAUGAGAAAAUUAAGUUGCGACUCAAACUAGAAAAAGGGGAUUUACCACAAGCGUCUUUCGAUCAGCAGCAUGCUCAACUUAAUGCCAUAAUGGAGAGUAAUCAUUUGCAGCAGCAUCAACAACUUCCGAUGCAAACGCAACUUUUGGCUCUACCUGCGCCGCAGCUACAUCAGCAGCAACAUCAUCAGCAACAACCGCAGCUACAACAGCAGCAUCAACAGCAGCAGCAACAGCAGCAUCAACAGCAGCAUCAACAGCAGCAGCAACAGCAGCAUCAACAGCAACAUCAGCAACAGCAGCAACAACAGCAGCAACAACAACAGCAACAACAACAGCAACAACAACAGCAACAACAACAAUCCCAGCAGCAAAAUCAUACAGUGUACAGUAAUUUCCAAAAUCAGCAACAAAUUGGUCCACAACAAACAGUUGCUGUAGGACUGAGUGAACCCCGCGUACCGCCGCUACAAAUUCGUCUGCGAGGCAAAAACUCUGUGGUUGUAAAAAAUACACGCAAGGACCGCAAGAAAGCACCGGCUUCAGAGGAAGCACAAAAGGCUCGGCAAAUAAAGCGUACUUUCAGCGACCAGGAGACAAAUCAGCAGCAAACAGUGGAGGGAGCAACAGAAAGCAAACAGUCUAAAUUAACGCCUGUGCCACAUGUUAAUGGAUUACCAAACUCUGGUAUUUUAUUGCAAAAGACACAGCAGCCACCUCCGCCGCUACCGCCACAAUCAGUUCAUCCAGCGCAACAAUUGGCAACAGGUGCUAAGACCACAACGAUUGUGGCCGGAAAGAACGGGCUUACUAUCAGUGCCAUUGUUGAGGCACAUAAGUCCCAAACCGGGGAUGGACAGCUGGCGACCGUGGGAUCUACGAACACAGGUACGGCGACGACGCUCCAGCAACAACAACAGCAGCAACUGAGCAAAAUUGCAACGUCGCUGCCAAGUAGCAUAACUUUAAGUGCUAUAACAAGUACCACAACCACCAACAAUAAUAAUAAUAAUAAUAGCAACAAUAAUAACAACAUUAAUACUAGCAACAGUAGCAGCAACAACAGUCGCAUGCUAAGCAACAUAACUCUCAAGAAUCCCAUUAAGACUGCAGCUACCAUAACGCCCAUUGUGGGUGGAAAGCCAAUGACAAAAAACCAUAAGCCGCCGCCGCCAUACAUGACUGCUGUGCAACAGGUGAAUUUACAGAAGCAGCAACAGCAGCAGCAGCAGUUACAGAAGCAACAACAGCAGCAGCAGCAGUUACAAAAGCAGCAACAGCAGCAUCAGCAACAACAACUGGCGGCGGCCGUAACCAUGCUGCCAAGUGCGACCACGCUUAAGCGUGUCGAAAUCACUAAACUGGCGCCAAACAGCGCCGAUACAGCAACAAUAACAGUCACCACACCCUCGCCAUCGACGCCAACAGCGACAGCAACAUUGUCAAUGCUUGGUGAAAGAAAACUGCCGGUGGCAAUUUCGAUGAACUCCAACACGAUGCUCAACAAUGUCAGUGAAAAUGCAAUUGGUAACACAAAUGUACCUAUAAUGACGUCGGGACAUCCAAAAGUGAACCAUGUAGCUCUACAGACAGUAGUCAAUUCGACAAGCGUCACGUCGUCACCGACACCAACACCGGCUUCUGUUCUAGCGAGCACUCUGCGAAACUCACCGGCUAGCAACGGCAGCGGCACUCCCGGUCAUGGCAACAAUGGCGGCGGCGAAGACAGUGGCAUUGAGUCAAUGGAUGCACUCUCUGAAAAGAGUCCACACCAGCAAUCAUCCAGCAGUCCCAUACAAAUGCAGCAGCAAAUGAUAACAAAACAAGCAACAAGUACAGCAUGCACAUCGACAACAAUAACGCAGUCUGCAUCAGUUGCAUCAGCGGUAACAACACCAAGCAGCGGCAGCACUAAACUUCAACAGCUGCAGAACGCCGAUGAUGAAAUUGAAAAGGCGCUUGCCAAAAUGGAGGGCGAAUUCCCGGAAGAAUUUGUGGCCACUGUACGAAAGGAAAAUGCAACUUCAAACAUUGGGGGUGAUUUUCAUUUGACAACAACCACCACGAAACUAAAUGGGGAGCAUGCUAUAUUUGAACACGAUGAUCUCAUAAAGAAGCUUACGGACAAUUUAGAAUCGGAGGAUAUGAAAAAGCCGUUGCCUACACCAGCUGCAGAGGUGGUAGUAGCAACCGUAGUGGAACCCAAUGCGGAUAUUAAAAUAAAAAUAGAAAACAUCAAGUUGGAGGAGCUGCCUACGGCAGUGGCCCCUAAAAAAGAGACUGCAGAACUGGAUAAUCGGCAAACGAAUAUCCCAUCUGUUAAGCAGGAACCCGAGCCCGAACAAAAUCUCGUAUCCAUACCGGUUAAAGAAAAUGAGGUAGUCGAUGAAAAAGAAAAGCCUCAGACUGAGUCACUACAACCUAUAUCGAUUGAGAUACCCCCUCAACUGGAUGCUGAAACGCCACGAAUUAGAACGCGCGCUACUAGUCGUCUAGAAAGUCCAUUAGAUGCUCAAAAAAGCAGCCCAGAAGUACAACAGACAGCUGUAGUUAUUACAACUACAGCGACAACGGCAGCAACAACAACAGUACCUAAUAGAAACGUAACGCGUGUGACGUCCAUCCCGAGUCCUCGAUUGGGAACGACAGCUCCAGUUCAUAAUAACAACAAUAAUAAUAACACCAGUAUCAAGCGUCGCCGGCAGGAGUCGGAGUGUGGCAGCAGCAAUGAUGGAGCUAUUGAUACCAACCUUCUCAUUGAGAGUAGCAAUAGCAACAAGCGCACGCGUGUCAGCAGUGGCAGCAGCAGUAGCAACAUAAAUAAUAAUGCCACGGAGACUACAGAAUCAACUGGGCUUAAUUACAUGAUAUCCAAGAAGGUCGAGGUCGAGUCUUCUGACUCGGACGAGCCUCUUAUUGAAGUAGCGGGCAAGGUGCGCAAUUCAAAGGCUCAGGUAGAAGAAAAGCACGUGACUCGACGAAACGCCCAGCAACAAGUACAACAACAGCAGCAGCAACAAAUUAUUCCCGGCCAUUUUACAGAAGCUCCUAACUUGAAUGCCACACCCACUCCGGCACAGAAGACAGGCAAAUCACAGCCUACUGCAACGAACAACAACAACAAUAGUAGUGCGACCUUACAAGCGGUUAGCAAUGCAGUAAUUGCUGGAACAUCAAAUAACAACAAUAACAGCACAAAUGUAGUACAUGCAACACGUGGCGCAACAGCAGCGGCUGCCACCAGUGGCACUAGCAGCAACAACAUUUCUAAUAACAACAACAUUGUGAACGCCAAUUCUCCAACAGACGAAAAGAUUGGUACGAGAAGGAGUGUAAGAGCGAGCGCUGCUGCUAACAAGAUUAUAUAUAGUCGAAGCAAUGCAGCCGCUGCUGCAGCUGCUGCUGCUGCAGCUGCAGAGCAUAAAGGGACUCCAAAUAAAACUGGACCCGGGGCCACCGGAGUAGUGAGUGGUGUCAACAAUUCAAAUACAAACGCCAGUAUAGAGAGUGUGGCUGAAGCACGGCGAAAGACGCGCAGUGCAGUAAUUGGUGAAUCCACGCUGACCGAGGGACGUAGAAGAAGGACUUCGCGUGAUUACAAGUGACCAGAGUUUUGCGCCUUGGCUAAGGGAAUUAACCAUACGAGCGAUGCUGACGACGACGAAUUGAUUAAGCUGAUCGAACUGGAUGCUGCGGAUCGGUUUGAUAUCAGCACCAGUUUCCCAUUGGCCCAGGCGCACAACGUCGAAGACGACGUCGAGGAGAAUAGCAGCGUUAAUAUCGAUAUUGAAGAUAUAAAAGAGGAUAUCGUUAAUAUCUCUUCAGCGCUGACACUCAUCGGAACAGCAGACAAAAGCGCCCUUGAUUACCUGGAGGAGACAGAUGAGGCUGAUAAUUUGCAUCUAAUGACUUACCGAAACAGCAGCGAAGCGGACGCUGAAGUGAAUGUGGAUGCGGUUAGCCUUCUCAUGCCAGAUCUGAGCAAUGCCACAGCUUUAGACUGCGGCAAUUUUGUUGACUACGAUGAAUUCAACAUGUGUCUGAACAACAUUCUUAGCGAUAAGGAUGAUCAGGAGCUCAGAGACUGUGAUGCAAACGGAAGUGCUAAUGUGAAUAGUGGCAGACACUACCAGCAGCAGCAACAACAGCAGCAGUGGCGGGAUGUUAACGAGGUUCUUAACAUAGUACCGCUGCGUUUUCAAGAGUUUGCAACUGAGGCAAGCAUAACUGGCGAUGAUCGGUCCGCGAGCAGUAGCUCCUCACAAAUGGCAUAACAGCGUCGCUUUGAUAAACAAUUGUUCAAAAUACUUAUUUCUGCAGUUAUGUAAAUAGCUUAGACUCACAUACAAACAGACAAAAGCCAAUUCUUUCGUUUGUAAAAAGUUUUUGUAAAGGUUUUUUCCUUGAAUUUUUUUGUAUAGUUAGUUGUAUUCAAAGGUUGCAAUAAUGUUGCAUCUCAAAACGAGCAACAUCACACUCACUCACAUAUAUAUAUCCGUGUUUCACUUAAUUUCUGAUUCGGAACUUCUCUGCUUAUUUAGCGCUACUUUCCAUAAAUCCAACUCCAAAUAUCCCUUGGUUAAUAGAUUUGCUAGUCAAGUGAAACAGACAAUUUGUGUAAAGAUCAAAAACAUUUAUUGAACAAAUUAGUUGAAAAUUAAAAACACGCAAAAUUUAUAAAAAAAAAAAAAAACAAAAAGAAACAGAAAAACAUACAAAACAAACACAAAAAUAGUAGAUAACCCCGACACCUUGCUCUAUGACGCAUGCGUAUUUUCAUUUCUCAUCUAAGCCCUUGUAUAUACUUUAGACAUAAUUCUAAUAGAUGCAACACAGUUAAACACAUUUUUAGAAAAGGUAAAAAAAUAAUCUAAUGUUUAUCUUUAUGAUCCAAGCUUAACAUAGAAAAACAAACAAAACAGACCAUACUUCUUAUUUUUAUUUUAUUAUAUAUCUAGGUAUAU